GGCCCGACUCGGCCCAUUCAAUUAUUACGCAGGCACGCAGCCGUGGCGCCGAGCCCCCGAGCCCUACUCCUCCCGCCGCCGCCUUCGGCUCUUCCUCGCGACGCGACGCGCCGCUCGCUCUCCGAGCUCCUAGGCUCCACCUCCAAGGUCUGACUACUACGCCGCUCCUACGACCCCGAGGCGCCUCCACCGCGCCACUGGCAAGCUAACACACUUUACCGGAGCACCAUGGGAGAGCCGAGCAAGGAGCUUCUGGACCUGCCCUCCGACCCCAGACCUCCCGCCUCCUUCAUCGAGUCGCUUCUCGCUGGCAGGGAGCAGCAGCAGGACAAGGAAGGGAAGCGUAAGUCGGGGCCGCCCACUGAUCCCUUCCCCAAAAGCCAAGUUAUUGGGAAAGUGAAGGAUUUCUUGGGGGAGAUUGCGAAGGCCAACCAGAAGUUGCAGCUUGACGCUCAAAACAAGCCUCCUGUGGAGUACGAUAUUGAAGCCCUUACCGGGAACGAGGAGGAGUACAUUGAGAUGGAUCUGCUUCUUGGUGUUGCUGAUCUUCAUUCAGAGAAAGCUGUGGAGGCUGCUGAAGCAACAAUAAACGGCUCCCAGCCUUCAGAAAUGCCAUUUGCCUGCAGCCCAUCUGACUCGGAAGAUGAUAGUGAAGACAGCGAUGAAGAUAUUGGUGACAAACCUAUCGUGUCUGACAAAGAUAAUAAAUGUAAAAGUAAAGAUGACGCGAAGAUGGGUCCAGCCAAAGGAAAGAAGCCCAAUAAAAGACAGAAAAUUGUUGUUCUCAACUAGUAUCCUCGACUUUUCUACCUAAAAACAAGGGCUGGAGUCUCGUUCAGAAAAUCAGAGCGCAAGUGAAUGUGUAGGCCUGGUAUCAUCAGAAGUUGCGUAUUAUUUUCAGUGUUCUACAAUGUUCAGGCCAACUAGGGUAACUUCCAUAGGGGCUAAAAGAUGUAAGGCAUGUUCCAGUUUAUACAAUGCGUACCAAUGUUCUGGCCUCUGUAUGGUUUCCUUGUGGUGAUUUAAGGUAGAGUGGAAAAGGCACAUCCUUAAAGGGUGCUAUAAAUCCUGCAAAGCGUCAAUACGGUUCUAUAUGUUGUUUC